CGCCGCCGGAGGGGCGGCGGGAGCGGUGAGCGGCGGCGGGCGGCGGGAGCGCGGGCGCGCGCGCUCGCGGCAGUGCGGUAGCGGCCAUGGAGCGCGGGGCGCGGGCGCUGCUGGCGGCCGCCUGGAGGAGCCUGUGGGAGCGCGGGCCCGGCCACGGCCCCCGGUGCGGCGGGGAUGGGAAGGGGCUGGCCGGCGGCGGAGCCGGGAGGAUCCAAGGCUCCAGGUCCUUCUGUCUGAGCGCAGCUGCCAGAGCCCUUUGGGACAGGUGGGGAGGUGACAAGGACAGGCAGCAGCUCACCUUGAAGGACGUGGCCGAGCUGCUCCGGAAGAAGGAAUGUCGGCGCGUGGUGGUGAUGGCCGGCGCCGGGAUCAGCACGCCCAGCGGCAUCCCGGACUUCAGGUCCCCUGGGAGUGGCCUGUACAGCAACCUGGAGCAGUACGACCUCCCCUACCCCGAGGCCAUCUUUGAGCUGGGGUAUUUCUUUGUCAACCCCAAGCCCUUCUUCACCCUGGCCAAGGAGCUCUAUCCCGGCAGCUACCGCCCCAACCCCGCCCACUAUUUCCUCCGGCUGCUGCACGACAAGGGGCUGCUGCUGCGCCUCUACACCCAGAACAUCGACGGGCUGGAGAGAGCGGCUGGGAUACCUCCUGACAGGCUGGUGGAAGCCCAUGGCACCUUUGCCACUGCCACCUGUACGGUGUGUCGGAGGAACUUCCCUGGAGAGGACUUCAGGGGAGAUGUCAUGGGGGACAGGAUCCCUCGCUGCCCUGUCUGCACCGGAGUCGUCAAGCCUGACAUCGUGUUCUUCGGCGAGGAGCUCCCACAGCGCUUCCUCCUGCACCUCACAGACUUCCCCAUGGCAGACCUGCUCUUCGUCAUCGGGACAUCCCUCGAGGUGGAGCCCUUUGCCAGCCUGGCCGGGGCCGUGCGCAGCUCCGUGCCCCGCGUGCUCAUCAACCGGGAGCUGGUGGGGCCCUUCGCCUGGCAGCGGCGCCACAACGACGUGGCACAGCUCGGGGACGUGGUCGGCGGCGUCGAGAAGCUGGUGGAGCUGCUGGGCUGGAAGGAGGAGAUGCAAAAGCUGAUCCAGAGGGAAAAAGAGAAGCUGGAUGCCAAGGACAAGUAGGAAGGUGCUCUUGUCACCCCUCAGGACAUCACUUGAGGACAUCCAGCCAUGAGUGUCACCAGCAAGUGUCCAAGGGCCUGGGGGCUCUUGCCAGCACAUUUGAUGAGCUCCAUGUCUGUAGCUGGCUGUUUGGAUCUCCCUCCUUCCAAUCCAUCCAUCC